CUGUGGGAAAUGUGCGUCCAGAGGCAUACCAUGCAGUGGGCUUGGGGUCCGCUACCGGUUCCGCGACGGGGGAAACCAAGGUAAGAUAACCUGGCAAGAGGAAAAUUCACCUCAGGCAAAUGGCCGGGUGAUCUCCCGCAGCAUGAACGCUCACCGUCUUUUGUUCGUGGAGGCUCUUCCGAGGAGCAAUUCGACUGGACUAUCAAUGUCACAAAUGACCCCGCAGAACCCAAUGCACUAGCGGGGCUGGGCCCUGAUUCACCAAAAUCAUCUGCUGGUAGCCCUGAAGCAAUGACCACCCUCCCUCUAAGCGUCGAUCUAGUGGACCCAAGCAAUGAAUUUCUGUUGACUUACUUCUCCCACAAUAUUGCACCUCAAAUGGUGGUUAUGGAUGACAAGUACAAUGGAUGGCGGUACUUGAUUCUGCCCUUUGCGUUCUCCGACAAAAUGGUUAUGGAUGCGGUGUUGGCUGUAUCAGCCUUCCAUCUCUCUCACAAGACCGGAGGGACACUCCCUGUCAGACCGGAUAAGCUCUAUGCAAAGGCAAUCUUAGGCCUACAAAAUAGAAGCUCUUUGGAUGAGUACGACAUGCUCACGAGGCAGUCUAUAUUCGUUGCAAUCAUUACACUGCUGGUAGGGGUCAUGGUCAACGGAUCUUCCGAUUUCCCUAUCCUGUUUCACAUGUUGCAAUCUGCUCUCGAUGCGGUCGGGGGAGAGGGCGGGCUUGGGAACGGUGACAUGGCCAAUUUUCUGCUGCGGCAAAUACGCAAGUUUCGUGUCUAUGCUGCACCACUGCUGAGUGAGGAGGCUGGUGUACGUAGCAUUGUUGCCCAUGCCCAAGAGAGCUUUGACUGCCUGCACUACAACGGCAACCUCCACCCCGACCAUGCACUCACCUUUUAUCUGAAUGCACAUCUUCGACAGCAAGCAUAUGACAUAUAUCUAGAGCGCGCACUAAUAGGGCCUCACGGCACAUUAGACCCUGACAAGAUAGAGCGAUUCAAGGAAACACUAGGGUUGUUCCCGGAGGGAUCAUUAGGAGAACAUUCCCUUGUGUGGCCCACGUUCAUUGCUGCAUCAGAGAGCUUGAAGGAUGAGCAUCGGCUAUAUUUCAAGCAGUUCUUGGAAAAGCAAUUUCACCGUAAUGGGUUCCUUAAUCUGCAGCAAGCUCUCAAGCUUCUUGAAAAGAUAUGGACGCGAGGCAGUUAUACAAAUUGGCCCACACUUCUCCCAGAACCACGAGUGUUUAUUAUGUAGCAAUUCUAUUAUAGACAAAAGCAGCAUUGUACGAUCAAGGCCCUCUGCGAAUGGAUUUCCGGAUUAUAAAUUAUACAUACAAGACCACCAAUGCGAUGUUCCAGUUAACUGACAACAAAACAAGAGCGUGUUUACAGUCGUAACUGAGAUCUGAGCUAGAGACUAUCCAUAACAAACCGCCACCUGUGUAUACAUCUCUUACACGCCUUCUUCACCUCUGCAACCAUCAAGCCGUCAAGCAAACUGCAAUUGAUUCCGUGUCCCAAGCAAAGAACGCUCCAUUGGAGUCGUUUUCAACUUUAACCAGGGCCGUGCCUCAGGUUGCGAGAGAAAACACUGGGUUAGAUAUUCUUCACACAACUACCCAAACAGAUCCUGCUUCUGAUCAUCGCAUAUACUCUGAAGCCUCUCUGGCACUACCUUCGCCGCCCUAAGUACAAGACAAAAAAAUAAAAUGUGAGUGGGGAUACAUGGGACAGUUUCAGAACCGGGACCUAGUGUAUGUAUCAUUUUCUUGAAUGGAACAAUUCAAAGGUACGCCC